UCCAAAGGAAGUGGAGGGGAGGAAAUGUACUCCUCCCACUACAAACGGCACGGGAGACAGGGGGCAGGAGCGCUGCGCGAGCUCAUUCAUGUUGGCUACAGUACAUCAAUAUGCUGCGAGAGGCCAGGCUGCUGGAUGGCAGUAAUGCACGCUCUGUCACAUACACACCCUCCCUCGCGCCUUAAAAAAACGAAUGAUUCGAUCUACAUUUAGGAGACCAGCUGGAGACAAAAGAUGCGACGUUCGGCUGAAAAUGAUUAAAUCGGAGCGUCUGCUGAACACCUCGCCCGUACUUGCAACGGGCUGCAGCAGCAUUCGUGGAGAGUAGCCUUGUCUUUUUUUUUUUCUAGUUAGAAGCGAGACAUUUGUAGGCUGUAUGUUAUUAUCUGUACUUUGGACCUAUAUGGAAUGAUACGAAUGGCCGUAGGCGUGAUUCAAACUUUCUUAUAGUAGGCUAUAUAUUGCAAGGUGGAAGUCUGUUAAAGGGUAAAAGGGCAGAAGGUAGAGGUGACAUUAAAAUGCCGACAACCUAUAGCUCGAUUUCGCUCAACAAAACCAACCUUUUUACAGAGAGCUACGAAAUAAUGGAUUCUUCUGAAGCUAAAAGGCAGAUUAACUUGAUUUUAUUCUGCCUGUCUUUUGUCAUCACCACUGUUACUUUAGUUGGUGGAAUUUUCUCGCUCCUCUCAUUGUCAAAGAUGCGCAGUAAAACCUCUCUGUCUCUUAUUGUGGCUUCGAUGUCUAUAGACGACCUUAUUAGCGUGAUACCGCUCUCCCUGUUCUUGUUCGUGCAGUGGGAGAGAAAUGAUGUGGCCAGGUCCGGAACACGGUGCACUUUGUCAGGACUUCUUUAUAUUUUUCAGGGAGUAUCGAGCAAUUUGAAAGCUUCUUUGAUUGUAGCCUACACAUUUUACAUUACGAAACGUUUUGGAGCAUUCCAGUCCGCCAGACGACCGUUGAGGGUGAUGUGGGCGAUAGCCGCGGUAUGGAUAGUCAGCUUGACCGUCAGCAUUCUGCCAGUGUGCGGCUGGGGGUCUUUUUCUCCAACAACCUUAGGCUGCUUUGCUGAGAGCACAAGUUCUUAUGUUUUGCUCCUUUUUGUUUUAUACUCGAUAUGUUUUUGUGGGCUAGUCGCGUUCUCUGUUCCUCUCACAUAUCGCCUGCUAUGUUUGGGGGACCCUCAGAAGACUUUUCAUCCAAACUAUCUGGAAAUCACCGGGGGACUUAACGCAGAUGGAUCUGCUCCGCUAUGUGAAAUUCAGUCUUUUUCUCGGGACAGCCUCGAUAAAAGUUUUGGAACAUACAGCGAAAUUAAUUCGGAGCCUUCUGGCUUAAACAACAAGGCGGAGAUAUACACUUGUUCGACGUCAGCUAUCCCUAACCGCCAGGAUGCUGCCCAAAGUGGAAGGAACUCUCCUGUAUUCUUUGCACAGAAACGCUUCUCUUUGAUUGUGGCGAUGGUCCGGGUUGUUUUAUGGAUGCCUAUGAUGGUACAGAUCUUUGUGAGUCACACGGUCCACUUACGGAGCUCGUCCCUUGAGACCCUGUGUUUUUUCCUGACCUCACUCUCUGCUGCGGUCACACCAGUUUUCGUCCUGUCAGAACACUUCAUUCACCUCCCGUGCGGCUGCUUCAUAAAUUGCCGCCGCGAGCCCUCCACUGCGAAAAAAAGAGGUUUUGAAUUCAAUCUGUCCUUCCAGCAAGGCUACGGAUUUUAUAAAAUUGCUCAAGCAAAGACGCCCACCAUCGAAAAACCUCCUUACCACAACCUGUUCAAUUGUGAAUCCUCUGAGAGCAAAGACGGUGGUCAGGUAUCAAGCCUGGACCAUCUCGAGUUCAGGACCAUGCGUGCGGACAGCUCUCUACCCAGUGAGCUCCUCGGAACUAUCACGUGCGAAGCGAGAGCGGACAGUCUCACGCACAAUGCCGAGGAGCAGGGCGUCUUCUGCGGCGGCUCACCCCCUGUGUCCGUACGAGAAGACCACAAUCUCGAUACGUCCUCUGUUUUCGAGGGCCCAGAGCGAAGGCUGUCCCAUGAGGAGAGUCGCAAUAUCGAGCUCACUGACUGGGAGUGGUGUCGAAGUAAAUCGGAAAGGACUCCACGACAGAGGUCCAGUGGAGGCUUAGCCAUACCACUGUGUGCGUUCCAGGGCACUGUGUCUCUCCAUGCCCCCACAGGGAAGACCCUUUCGCUUUCCACCUACGAGGUGAGCAGCGACGGCCUCAAGAUAUCUCCCAACGGCAAGAAAGUGGAGGUGUACCGCUCCAAGUCAGUGGGGCACGAGCCCAGGACGGAGGAGCCGACGAGCUCUGUCGGCGGUGACACCAACGUGAAGAUUCACCUGGAGGUGCUGGAGAUCUGUGACAACGAGGAGGCCAUGGACAGCGUCUCCAUCAUCUCCAACAUCAGCCAGUCGUCCACGCACGCCCGCUCGCCCUCGCUGCGGUACUCUCGCCGGGAGAACCGCUUCGUGUCCUGCGAUCUGGGCGAGAGCGCCUCCUAUUCGCUCCUCAUUCCCACCAGCAACCCUGACUCUGACAUCAACAUACACAUCCCAGACACGGUGGAGGCUCAUCGCCAGAACAGCAGGCGCCAGCACCAGGAGAAGUCGGGCUACCAGGAGGAGAUCCAGCUGCUGAACGAGGCCUACAGGAAGCAGGAGGCAGAUCCAGAGAACUGAGCAUCAGAGGAAGAGCACCAACAGAUGAACUGACAGUCAAGGAACCAAACAUCAGGUGAACCGUGGGCCAAAGAGAGAGAAAAGACCAGGAGAGAGAGAGAGAGAGAGAGAGAGAGAGAGAGAGAGAGAGCCAUACUUAGCCAUAGAAACUGGCAGGCACAGAAAAUCAUGGUUGCCAGAAGAAAAAAGAUUGUGCCAACAAUGCAAAGGCAACCAAAUUGAAACGGAAAAACACUUCCUAAUGGAAUGCACAAAAUUUGACCAAAUUCGCCAAAAAUUCUACCAAAAAAUAAUCCAGAAAUGUCCCCAAUUCAAUGAUAUACCCAAUGACGAUAGAUUACCCUACCUAUUAGGAGAAGAAAAAGGCUGCUGCAUACUAGCAGCACAAUUUGUGUUCUCUUGCCAUAAUCUGAGGGACAAUGUGUGACCACCUCAUGCACACAUUUACACACAGCAUACACACGUACAAGCAGACACAUAGUAUUCACUCAUGC